AAGUAGCCUAUAGUACCCAAAGUACCCAGAAGAGGCCUACUUUAGGGUUUUUGCCAUCCAACAAAAAUGGCGGGCACGGAGGUCAAAGAAGAAGAGCAGCUCCAAUUGUUCAGCGUGGGCACAGAAGUAGAAGUGAAGAGCGACGAGGAAGGGUUCAAAGGCGCCUGGUUCAGAGCCACCAUUGUCACAAGCCCCACAAAUUCCGCCUCAAAGAAGAGGAAGAGGGCGUUGGUCGAGUACAAGAACUUGGUCACGGAAGACGGGUCUAAGCAGCUCAAGGAGUACGUCGAUUCGGAGAACCUGAGGCCGACGCCGCCGCAGCUCGCCGACCGGAAUUUCGAUGUGGGAGAUGUUGUGGACGCGGAUUACAGAGAUGGGUGGUGGACUGGGGUCGUAGGGGAGGCUCUUGACAGCAAUUCCAAGUACCGCGUCGUCUUCACGAACCCCCCGGAUUUGAUCGAAUUUCAGAAAGAACGUCUCAGAUUGCAUCAGGAUUGGGUUAAUGGCGAAUGGGUUCGGCCUAACAAGCAGGAUGUAUUGGCUGCUUCAGAUACUCCACAAGAAUUAGAGCAUGUGUUGCCUGCUCCAAAAGAUCCUAACAAUCUUCAAGUGGCUACUCAACUAGAAAAUUCGAGUGCUGCAGAGGAGAAUCCUGAAUCAACUAAUUCAGGGAAGAAUUUAACAGAGCAACCAAGUUAUCCACUAAGUGUCAAGGGCAAAAAGAUGUUAGCCCGUAAUGGUAGUGCUACAGACUCGCGUCCAGUUAAAAAGUUAAAGGACGAAAAAGCAGCUAAGCCCACAGUAUCCGCUACAGCACAUCAAUUGAGCAAAACGCCCGACAAUAAAGAAUUGCCCCAGGAAUUACCUCAACUGAGCACAGGAGUUAAGGGAACAAGACGCACAAGGAAACCUGUUGUACGCCAUCAGUUUUUUAAAACAGAGAGCGUGCUUGGGAAAAAUAAUGUCAAGACUAAGCAAGAGAAUGACGGUGAAGUGAAUAGCCAGUGGAUUCAUCCUGUAGCAAGUAAAGGAAGGCGCACAAAAUCUCAUGCUGGAAGUCGAUUCACCCCAGACGCAGGGUAUAUCUGUGCACUGCCUAGCCAAAAGAGAGAAAAGGGUAAGGAAGAGUCCGCAAGUGUUUCUUUGGCUGGACAAAAUGUUCAGAAGGAGGGUAAUAUUAAAGAAGCUGAAGGGCCUCAAACUAUUAGGUCAACAACUAAGGGCAAGGAGGGUUCACUGGCUGAAAUACCGGCUCAGCUACCUGAUCAAGAGUUGCAAGUGAAAGAUCAGAGGAAGAGUGCAAAUGAUCCUGCAAAAGAAAAAAGCAUGGUUAUGUCAGCUGAACUUGGCAGUGAUUCAAUUUUGGCUAACCUGCUCCGUAGCCUGGUUACUUUUCCAGACAUGGAGUUUAAGCAGCAACCAGCUGGAGGAAGCAGUCAUAAAAGGAAGAGAGGCAGGCCUCGAAAGUUGGUGGUCAUAAGAUCGCGAGCUUCAGAAGGAGUGAAGGGGCAGAAUAUUUCAGGAAAUGUCGCCAGCAAAAAUGUUGCGAAUGAUCAGACGCCUGAGGAAGCUGCUUUGCGUGUGCUGAGAGGGACGGAUCCUACAGAUGCACAAGAUGCCUCUAAAAGAAAAACGGCUGAACUUCCUGGAAGGUGCAUGAUAAAUGAAGCUUCAUUGAUAGCAUCCGAGAAUGCAGAUGAUGAUGACAGACCUCUAUCCAUGUGGUUUGGAGGGAUGCAGCAUUCUGCGAGCGUGGGUGAAUCAAGACCAUCCCCUGAUAUGAAUGUCGACCAGCAUAGUGAUAGAAAAGGACCAGUCGAGGUAGCAACGGAAUCUCCCGCAGUUGCUGCAGUCAGUGGCAGUGGGACAGAGGAGAAGCAAGUGUUUCCAUUUGUUAAGAGCUCCCCUGUGUGGAAGACUAUUGAAACAUUGGAAGUGUUCAAAAAGUUUCCCCAAAAUCCUCAUUUCCGGCCUUUGAUUGAAUGCAAAGAGGAGUACCGCGAGGGUUCAGCAAUUGGAAACAUGAUAACCUUUUCCAGUCUGGCGGAUAAAAUAUCCAGGCUGCAGUUCGACGACCAUCGAAAUGUUUUGGGUAGCAUUUUGGAGAGUCUUCUUGACUUGGAGAAGUAUGGGUUUAAUGUUACAGUUCUACGUGGGCGGGUGAAUGAUCUGCUGUCUGUUAAAGACAGGCAUGGACGGUUUCAGGUUGAGUCAAAAGACGCUGAACACAUGAUCAUGGAGCAUUCUCAUGAGAAGACCAAACUUGUCGAAGAUGCUGAGCAUAUUGCGAAGAAAAUAAUCGAGUUGCAGGAUAAACAUGCAUCAAUGAAGUCGGAAAUGGAGGCCAAAGACCAUGAGAUUGCUAGAUUGAAAAUGCAUAUGGAUUCCAUGAAUGAAGGCAUUCAGAGCGCUCGGAGUGAUUUUGAGAAGCUAGCUUUGGCUCCCGUGACAUAGGCCGCGCACAACGGAAGUGGUUAAAGUUUGCUUCUCAGAUUAGGGAUGUAAAGCUUAGGUAUCAGUUUGUUGUACUUGGCACUAGUUUUCAAAUUUUAGUACCUAGUCUGGAAUGUUGAGUAGCAUCGUGGAAUGUAUCGAGAAGUAUGUAUGAAACUUGUAGAUCAAAUCCAUCCAUAUUCCAUAGCUUGAAUAUUUGAAUUUUUGAUUAAAAACUUGAAGCAACCAACACUGCUAUAUUCAAGCUAUGAAGGAUGAAUCCAGCUAUAUUCUUUUGAA